AUGUCCCGGUAUCCUGGCCAAGCAGACCCGCCGACUGCGAGCAGUGACGAGGAUUUGCUCCGGCAGUCUGAUGAUGAGGCUCAUUCGGCGAGUCUCUCCCUGGCAAGUUCCAGCCCGCCACCAGAAGAUGACUGUCUGCAACAUGAAAGUGAUGCUGCGUCGUCUCGCAGCCAGGGUCUGUUAUCUGACGACGGGGCGAAUCAACAAGAAGAUCCUGGUGGCCGUUCGGAGUGGAACCAGGGUCGAAACACAGGACACUGGAUUUCUCGGCAGGCCCCGUUGCUUGAGCAGGGCCAGGUGCUACUGGUGAACGCAGUUCGGAACUGUGGUCGGUUGUCCGUUGAGCUGCUCAGGCGUGUUUCGUCGGCAUUGGAUGUGCCAAGAAGACAGGCAUCGCAUGCCCAAGCUCUGGCUGCACACCUUCUCGGUGUUUCAGUGUCGCUGUUGAAGCGAACGGCGCAGCUGGUGGACGUAAACGGUGGGCAGCCAACAGGGAAGGAGCCUGACAACCACCCUGAUGUCAGCGUUGUUCACCAGCAGCGUCCAACCUGGUGGCAAGAAUGUGAAGUCACUGUACGCCUGGCACUGGGAUGUGCUUAUGAGCGCCAGGGUCAAAACUCCUUCGAAAGGGCAGUCGCUCGACACCUUCAGGCCCAGCAGGCGUCUGGCAUCCCUGGUCAGUGUCAGCUUCAGGGUCUGGCGCUGACGGGCUUCUACGACGAGGCGAUCUACUGGUCGGCCAGGGUCCUUCAGGAGAUGGAUGCGCUUCAGUGGUCGGAGCCUCUGAACGGCUUGGGUAUCCCUAGCGACUUCGCUCUCCUGAUUGACCCUGUCAACAUGGAUGCAGGUGCCUUCAGCCGUCAGUACAGUCUGGCGGUCGUCGCCUUGUGUAUAUGCUCCCCGUCGACUGGCGGCCUUGUGGGCCCAAUGGUCGGGGCGGAAAUACUGCCAUUUGGUGGGCACAACUUUGAGCCUCUGCAGGCGCUCAUCCAGAAGAUCCUGGACUCGCACCCCGCUGGUUUGGGUCUGCAUUCGCUUCGGGGUCGUUGUGCCUGCGUCGGAGGAGACGGACAAAUCGUUCGAGGUGGCUCGGCAGCUGCCCAUGGAUCCUCCGGCGUCGCAGAGCGCUUAUGGCAAACCAUUCACGAGGACGGCCUCAGCGGUCUGUUUCUGGAGUGGGAGGCAACUGCAUGGGACAGGUUUCAUGUUGCGGAUAUUUGCCUGUCCAGGGCGGUUCGUUCCAGCCCGUCAGCGUCGGAAGUUUUACAAAUUGUGGCGGAGCUGGACACCUUGUUCGGCGUCGGGGAAGGCAAGGUCCUGUUCGAGAGCGUCGCCAACAGGGUCGGCAUUCCCUUCGUCAAGCUUCCGAGACUGAGUGGGACCAGAAAAAUGGUGUACCUGCGUCUGAGUCUGGUGAAAAGCUCAUAG